AUGUCGUCACCAUCCCAAGACAAGGUUACUGCGGAUGGGCAUCUAGAAUCAGAUGAAAUUGCAGGAGAUGGUCCCGCGGAACUGGCAGCUUCGGUGGACGAGCUGCUGAAUGGGCUGGAGAAGAAAUUCACAUCCGUGUCAACGGAGAUUCUUGCGAAGAUUGACGAGAUGUCGAAGCGGCUGGACACAAUAGAGGCUACCCUACAGUCCGGCGACAGCGAGGAGCACUCUUCAUGA